CUGAUGAAAUCCGUCUGCUAAAAAUUACUGCUGAAUGUCGUGUGACAAAAGUUGAGGAAAUUGUUGUUUUUCGAACUUGACCUGCUCUGCAAUACAAUAAGAUGAAUAAAGAAGAUACUUUGAACUACUUCCAGCAAUGCAUGGAGGAGAAUGCUGAUAUUUCCAGCGCAGUGGCAGCCAUUCACACGCUGAUUGAACACCUCAAACUCAGCCCAGCGGGAACUCUCGCGGGACUCAGGGAGAGUUUGAAAGACUGCAUCAGCUGGUUGAUGGAAACAGACAACUCAGUCACAUCGAUAUCCUCAGGCUGUGAGCUCUUCUUGAGAUUCAUCACGCUCACCGCUCUGGAUCAGAUGAAUUUUCAAGAAAGCAAGAACAUCUUAGUGGAGAGAGGCAAGAUGUAUCUUCAGAAAGUCGCAGGAUCGAGAGACAAAAUCGCAGCAUUGGGAGAACCUUUCAUCAGAGAUGGAUGCAGUAUCCUCACGCACUCACAUUCCCGAGUCGUCUUGAAGACGUUACUUGAAGCAGCAGCUAAUAAGAAAAGAUUCAACAUCUAUAUAACAGAGUCUUGUCCCGACAGAUCAGGAGAGAAAAUGGCUAGGAAGUUGAGAGAAGCUGGAAUUCCAGUUGUCGUCAUACUAGACGCAGCCGCAGGGUACAUAAUGGAAAAAGUUGAUCUCGUUAUGGUGGGCGCUGAGGGAGUGGUUGAAAGUGGAGGCAUCAUAAACAAGAUUGGCACAUACCAGCUGGCAACAUGUGCCAAGAUAGCCAACAAGCCUUUCUAUGUUGUCGUUGAAAGCUUCAAGUUUGUGCGCUUCAUCUACCCACUCAACCAGCAAGAUGUGCCCAACGAAUAUAAGUACCAUGCCUCAACACUGAAAUCCUUCUCCGACUUAAGCCACGCCCAUCCAUUAAUUGACUACACGCCUCCAACCUAUAUCACACUCCUCUUCACUGAUCUGGGAGUCUUGACGCCGUCCGCCAUCAGUGAUGAACUUAUAAAAUUGUACUGCUGAAGCCAGGCCCACCCAUCGACUACUACAGAAACCACACCCACCCAAUAAUUGGGUACACGCCUCCAGCCUAUAUCACACUCCUCUUCACUGAUCUGGGAGUCUUGACGCCGUCCGCCAUCAGUGAUGAACUUAUAAAAUUGUACUGCUGAAGCCAGGCCCACCCAUCGACUACUACAGAAACCACACCCACCCAUUAAUUGGGUACACGCCUCCAGCCUAUAUCACACUCCUCUUCACUGAUCCUGGAGUCCUGAUGUCAUGUGCCAUCAGUGAAGAACUCAAUAAUUGUACUGGUGUGGCCACGCCCAUUCAUUAAUUGAUGACUGCUGAAGCCACGCCCACCAGUUGACUACAGCAGAAACCACGCCCAUCCAUUUAUGGACCACAGAUGAAACUUGGUCAAGUGUACUCUGUACAUGCACGACCCGAUAUGCAUUCAUACAUGGUGUUUUCUCCAUAGGUUGAGUUUCAUACAAGUAUGUUGGGCAGGAUAAACAAAUUAGUGGAUGAUCGUGCAAUAAAAAUCUUUAAUCUGCUGCUAAUUCUGGCAUAUUCUUCUUUACUUGAAACUUUAAGGGACAUCAGGUUGAGAUUUACAUUUGUGUAUCUGCAUGGGAAAAACCCUGGUGGGUUUUUAAACUAUCUUGAAGGGUUGGGCUUUAUGUAGAUUCAUUCAUGAGGCAACAGACAGACCCAGAAAUGUCUGAAACAGGGUCAAUAGGUCUUUGGAUAAAUUUGGGAUAAUACUAGAUUUGCUUUGAAAUGGGCUUGAAUUUUAUUUUCACACAAGAUGAAAAAAAACAUGCUUUACUUUAAAUACAUGUAUGGCAGUAUACACUACAGUUUCAAAAAGAAAAUAAAUACAAAAGGUAUUUUAAUUCAGUAUGUCUGUCUUCCUUUAUCUGCCAGUGUGAUUUCAAUGAAUUCUGUGAAUCCAAGCUCAGUAGAAAUUUUUGAAAAAGACGAAUAUCACUU